AUGGCUGGAACACUUAGGCACAAGACCCAAUCGGAGCUACGAACUGAAACUAGCGAUCAAUUGGUUCUUCAUACUUGGUUGACCAUUGGUGCCGGCCCUGCUCCCGGAGACAAGCAGCAGGAUCAGCCCGUUCGACGCGUCAUGCGCCGCCGACCUCAGAAAUGCAAGCAGCCUCUUAUCCACUCAUUAGUGCGUCAAGAUUUGGCUGUUUGA